GUCGGGGGAUUUAAAUCCCUUUGCGCAUUUAGACAUAAACAUCGGCCAUAUUAAGUUUAAAUUCCCUAGCACCGGCAAAGUAUUAAAUCGUGUUUAGAAGAUGUCAAACCCAGCAUAUCCACCACCUGGGGGCGCCCCUCCCCCAUAUGGUCACCCACAACAAGGAUAUGGUCAGCCCCAGCCCGGGUACGGACAGCCACAACCUGGAUACGGACAACCCCCAGGCGGUUAUGGGUAUCCCCAACCAGGGUAUGGGGCCCCAACCACUCAUCAACAGUCCAACGUUGUGGUAGUGCAAGGAGGGGGUGGCGGAGUGGUCGUGCAGGAACGUAAGAAAAGAUUCCACGAAGAAACCUGUCUAAAUCUGGUCAUAUGUUUACUGUUUUGGCCCUGGAUCUUCGUUUGGAUUGGUAUGUGUAUAUGCGACGCUUAGAAGAAGUACGUAUGCUGAUGAAAAGAGACUGGAACACACGCACAGAAAUUCACCAUCAAGAGAAUAAUUUGCUUGGAUUAAGAUAUUGCAAAUGCUUUGUAUGUAGACAACGAUUUCUGAUUUUCAGGAUCAACCAGUAAUUUCAGAGUUUAAUUUAUGUAUAAUCAUGCUUUCUGUUGCUUUCUUGUGAACUCUGGGGUCCUCUAUAGAUCCAGUGAGUUUCUAAAUGCAAUCUAGACUUGGUGGAUGCUCGUGUCAAUAUUAAAUACAAUUUUAAAAUUCUGAUAUAGAUCAGUUGUAUUCAAUUAUCAACGUUUAGUCAAAUUAACAGACAUUUAUCUUCAACGCAAUGUUUUUUAUGAUGUACAUAGAUUUCUUUUGCCUGUAUAUUUAUUUUGAUUCUAAGCUUAUAAGUUUGUUACAUAUACCAUAUAUCUCAAGUUUGCAUUCUUUACCGUCCAUUCAUUUAUUUUACAUGCAUGUAUAGGUAUUCAUUUUGGUGUCUUUCAAAUAAAUUUGUGAUCAAACCAUAAUAAAAAUAUUAUAAAUUUGA